AUGUCGACGAUCGUUUUGAUUCCUUUUCUGUUUCUUAUUCCUAUUGGGAUCGUUUAUGGACAAAAUCAAAUUACAGUAAUCGGUCAAGCAGAUGAUCCCAAUUGUGCUAAAUGUGACAGUCGUGCAGUAUGCAUACGUUUAUCGAAUGAGAGUGGUGUCAGCUGCGUAUGUCUUCCUGGUUUUGCACUUUCCUCAUCAACCGGACGUUGUGUGCUUCAAGAAAUACCACAGAAUGGCAUCUGCGACAGCCGUUAUGAAUGCCUAAAUGGAGGUUAUUGUUCAAAUGUAACAAGUAAAUGUGUAUGUUUACCGGGUUAUGGAGGUCUUAUGUGUGAAUUAGAUAUUAAUGAAUGUGCUUCAAAUGAUCGAAUUUGUGGAUCAUUUACAUGUAUUAAUUUACCAGGAGAUUAUAAAUGUGAUUGUGAUUUUUUUCAUGCGGGAAAACGAUGUCAAAAUAUUAGUGGUAUUGGUUUGUUUGUGUUGAUUAUUUCGUCAAUUAUAGUCAUUUUAAUUAUUGGUUUUCUUAUUUUAUUUGCUAUUCGAACGUUUGUUACUUAUCGUUUAUCAAGACGAGUUUCAAGAGAACGUGAACUUCAACUGCAAAAUCCUUGUAUGGCAACAUUAACUGCCGGUGGUAUGAUGGGAGAUGAUCCAUUAGGAAAUGGUUCGUCAUUUAUUCGUCCAAUCGGUCAUAGAAUAUAUGUUCCAAUGGAAACAAGUUUUGUUAAUGCAACUCGUGUUCAAGCGAGUCUAGAUGAUGAUGAUAAAAGACAAAUUCCACCACCACCAAAAUAUGAUUCUUCAAAUUUUGAUCGUUCUAUCGAUCAUAUAAUGUCUACUUAA